AUGGGCUAUGCAUCGCUGCUCCGGGACGGGGUCGGUAAGACCAAGAAAGGCAAACCUGCCUCUACAGUGUACUUCGACAUCGCUAAGACGUCCGAUAGUGACCUCCUGGCGAUGAACUGGCUCUAUGAUGAUGGGGCUGAUCGUGACAUAAUUCUGCGCAAACGACGUGCCUUGAGUUCGGGUGUAGCACAUGUUUUUCCGCACUCGGUGGACUAA